AUUUUCUUAAAAUUACAAAUAAUGAAGUUCAUAGUUGAGAAUAUUUUAAUAUUUUUGAUAAUAGCAGUUUCAGUUCAAGGUGAAACAAUAAGUCAGCAUUUUAAUACAUAUCUUCAAAACAAACAAGCUGGCAAUGAUAAUCAAUACGAUGAUGACUGCAUAAAGAAUACCUUGCAGGUAGACAAAUUUGGUGACAAGUCAUUGACACAAUUUGAAUUCGAUUUUCUAUUUGAUUAUUCGAGAUUUUAUUGCUCUGAGCAAAGUGCAAUUGAGUAUGAGAUCAAUAGCUACAAAUUUUUACAUAUGCACUUCGGCAUCGCUUCUGAUGAGAUUGCUGUUCCAUGUUUGAAGAAAAAGCUUCUUGAUUUAGAACCUGGAACAAAUUAUAUCAACGUAUCAGCUGAAAACAGCCCAACUUGUAGAUUUCAAAAAUUCCAUGAAGGACUUCCAAUGGGCUUGAGGUUUAUUUAUCAGCAAAACGCAGAAGACACCUUGAAAUUUGCCGAAACAUGCAGCCAAGUCUCAUUGGAUGAUUAUACAAAAAUCAUCGUAAAAUCAGUUUUGGUUACCAUCGUUGGCUUUAGUGAGGAACAAAAAGAUUUCGAACAGAAUAAAGUGAUGAGAGAAUUUAAAGAAUUUAAGACAGCUGGACGCAACUGUAUUGUAAAAAAACUUGAAAGUGAAUAAAUUAAAAAUAUUUCCAGCUAUUGCGGUUGAUUAACUAUGAUUGUUGAUUUCUAAGGUACACAAAUAAAAAUAAAAUCACAACCAAAAAAUCAAUCAUGCCGGUUGCUAGCUAUACCCCCGAGCAAAAAGAUCCCC